CGGAACUCUGCCAUUUUUGCCCAGUCUCUUCUUUAUUAUUGUGUCAUGAGCUGACCUUAACUGAGGCAAGGGAGUUCCUGCAGUUCUUCAGAAGUUGUGCUCAGUUACUUCGUGGCCUCCAGGAUGAGUCAUUGCCGUUCUCUCGGGUUAAUCUUUGUUGGCCGGCCACUCCUGGGAAGGUUCACCACUGUUCCAUGUUUUCUCCAUGUGAGGACAAUGCUACGGUUCGCUGGAAUCCUAAAGAUUUAGAAAUGGCUUUUGUAACCCUUCCAGACUGAUAGAUGUCAAUUACUUUAUUUCUCGACUGUUCUGGAAUUUCUUUGGAUCGUGUCAAUUUGUUGCGGCAUUUUUAGAUUUUUGUCUGACUUGAUUUUAUCGGGACAGGUUCUGUUAAAGUGAUUUCUUGAUUGAACAGCGUUAAGCUUGAUUGCCACAAUUCAUGAUUUAACAAGGAGGGUAAUUACUUUUUCCACACAGGGCCAGGUAACUUUGAAUAGUUUCUUUUCCUUAAUAAAUGCAAUCACUAAUGAAAAACAGCAUUUUAAGUUCACUUGGGUUAUGUUUGUCUGAUAACAUUUGUUUGAUGAGCUUAAACAUUAAAGUGGGGAAACUAUGCAAAAAUAUCAGCAUUUGGGGGCCAAUACUUUUUCACGGCCGCAUCCAUUGCAGCGCCACAUCGUUGGGUUUUUUUUAAACGAAAAGGAGACGUCGUCAUAGCAAUGUGUUGCUGUUGCCGCUACUGCUUUUGUGUACUGCAGCUGUUGUGGACAGCCUCCCCUGCAUCCCCGCUUGCAUCACCCCCCCCCCCCCCUCGUGGACUGGCCCGAAUGGUUUGUUCCAGGCGAACCUGUCACUGUCACCGCGGCAGGCAAGGCAGCCGAAGUGUACGCGCAGAGGGGGUGGAAAGGAAGGAAGGAAGGAAGGCAUCAUCCACUGCCUGCCUGCCUGCCUGCCAUUGCAGUGCGGCGGCUGCUGCUGCUCUGGAGCCACACCAGGAGGACCUUUCCUUUUCGGUGGUUUUUGGGGGUGUAGAAGCACGCCACACGGACCGUUGUUUUUGCCAAGAGCGCAGCAAUGGAGGAGACUGUCAUUUGGGAACAGCACACUGUAACACUGCACAGGGCACCAGGGUUUGGCUUCGGGAUAGCCAUAUCAGGAGGCCGAGAUAACCCUCAUUUUCAGAGCGGUGAGACCUCCAUUGUUAUCUCAGAUGUGCUAAAAGGCGGCCCAGCUGAAGGGCUACUACAGGAAAAUGACAGAGUUGUCAUGGUCAAUGCUGUGUCCAUGGAUAAUGUGGAGCACGCCUAUGCAGUCCAGCAGCUUCGUAAAAGUGGAAAAAUUGCCAAAAUUACAAUCAGACGGAAGAGGAAGGUGCAUGUUCCCAUGGGUCGUCUCGGGGAGCGGGAAACAAUGUCAGAGCAUGACGAGGAGGAGGACAGCUACGAUGAAGAGAUAUAUGAGACGCGGAGCGGACGCAGUGGCGCGUACAGCGGCAUGGGCGGAGCCAUGGGGAGGCGCAGCGGUCGGAGCUGCAGCCGAAGGGACAGGGAACGUGAACGAAGUGGCUCGCGGGAGAGAAGUCUCUCACCACGCUCAGAUCGCCGCUCACACAACCUGCCCCCUCGCCCCGCCAAAGUCACGCUGGUUAAAUCACGCAAAAAUGAAGCAGAAUAUGGCCUGCGCCUGGCCAGCCACAUCUUCGUCAAGGACAUCUCGCCAGAGAGCCUCGCAGCCAGGGAUGGAAACAUCCAGGAGGGAGACGUUGUACUGAAGAUCAACGGCACAGUGACCGAGAACCUCUCCUUGAUCGAUGCCAAGAAGCUGAUAGAAAGGUCGAAAGGCAAGCUAAAAAUGGUUGUUCAGAGGGAUGACCGAGCGACCCUGCUGAACAUCCCUGACCUCGACGACAGCAUCCCUUCAGCCAACGCCUCAGACAGAGACGACAUUUCAGAUAUCCAUUCUCUGGCAUCCGACCAUUCUAAUCGAUCGCAUGACAGACUUCGUAGCAGCCGCUCCCGCUCUCCAGACAGACGAUCGGAACCGUCAGACCACUCCAGGCACUCGCCACCUCAAAUCAGCAAUGGCAGUCACAGAAGUCGAGAUGAGGAGCGGAUAUCAAAAGCGGCUUCAACACCAGCAAAGCUUUCAGAGGAAGUUCCUCUGCCCAAGCCGAAAGAGCCGGCACUCGCUAAAGAUGAGAAACAACUUCCACCGCUGCCAGAACCGAAGCCAGUGUACGCCCAGCCUGGACAGCCUGACGUCGACUUGCCUGUCAGCCCAUCUGAUGCCCCUGUGCCAAGUGCUGCUCACGAUGACAGCAUCCUUCGGCCAAGCAUGAAGCUGGUGAAGUUCAAAAAGGGUGAGAGUGUGGGGCUGCGGCUGGCGGGAGGGAAUGAUGUUGGCAUCUUUGUUGCUGGAGUGCUGGAGGAUAGCCCAGCUGCGAAGGAGGGCCUGGAGGAGGGUGACCAAAUUCUCAGGGUAAACAACGUAGAUUUUGCAAACAUAAUCCGAGAGGAGGCAGUGCUGUUCCUCCUGGAUCUUCCUAAAGGUGAAGAGGUCACAAUUUUGGCUCAGAAGAAGAAAGAUGUCUAUCGGCGGAUUGUGGAGUCUGAUGUGGGUGACUCCUUUUACAUCCGGACCCACUUUGAGUAUGAGAAGGAAUCUCCGUACGGGUUAAGCUUUAACAAGGGCGAGGUGUUCCGUGUAGUGGAUACCCUCUACAAUGGCAAGCUGGGUUCCUGGCUCGCUAUUCGCAUUGGCAAGAACCAUCAGGAGGUGGAGAGGGGUAUCAUCCCCAACAAAAACAGAGCGGAGCAGCUCUCCAGUGUGCAAUACACACUCCCCAAAACAGCUGGGGGUGACCGGGCGGACUUCUGGAGGUUCCGUGGUCUUCGCAGUUCAAAGAGGAACCUCAGGAAGAGCCGAGAAGAUCUUUCUUCACAGCCAGUCCAGACAAAGUUCCCAGCAUAUGAGAGGGUUGUAUUGAGAGAAGCUGGUUUCUUAAGACCUGUUGUGAUAUUUGGACCUAUUGCCGACGUUGCACGUGAAAAACUCUCCAGAGAAGAGCCAGAUCUUUUUGAGCUUGCAAAGAGCGAGCCCAGAGAUGCAGGAACAGACCAGCGGAGUUCAGGAAUUAUUCGUCUUCACACCAUUAAACAAAUCAUAGAUAGAGACAAACACGCUGUGCUGGACAUCACUCCGAAUGCUGUGGACAGGCUGAACUAUGCUCAGUGGUACCCAAUCGUAGUCUUCCUAAAUCCGGACAAUAAGCAGGGUGUGAAGAACAUGAGGACAAGGCUGUGUCCAGAGUCCAGGAAAAGUGCCAGGAAGCUGUACGAGCGAGCCAUCAAACUGAGGAAGAAUAAUCAUCACCUGUUCACCACCACCAUUAACUUGAACAACAUGAAUGAUGGUUGGUACGGAGCUCUUAAAGAAACAAUCCAGCAGCAACAGAACCAGCUGGUGUGGGUCUCUGAGGGAAAGGCGGAUGGCACCACAGAGGAUGACUUGGAUAUCCACGACGACCGUCUGUCUUACCUGUCAGCACCAGGUAGCGAGUACUCCAUGUACAGCACGGACAGCCGUCACACAUCUGACUACGAGGACACGGACACGGAGGGCGGCGCGUAUACGGACCAGGAGCUCGAUGAGACCUUGAAUGACGAGGUGGGUCUGCCCACGGAGCCCGCCAUCACACGGUCUUCCGAACCUGUGAGGGAAGACCCACCUGUCAUUCAGGACACCCCUGGCUACCCUGGAUAUCAGCACCCAGUGCCGCCCGACACAGCUAAUCGUAUAGACCCCACGGGCUUCAAAAUGCCAUCUCCACAGCAGCAAGAGGAGGCUUCUCUGCCCAUGCCCUCCUUGCCUGCAGCGGUGGUAGCGCCCCCUGCUGUUGAGCAGCCUGUACAGCUAGAGGGUAUGCACCUAGAGGAGCCCCCUGCUGCACCCGCAGCUCCUCAGGCUGACUCACUUAGCAGCCUCAGUCCUGCCCCUGAGCUUAUUCAGCCCCCAGCACCAUCACAUGAACCCCACCCGUCUGGACCACCUGGUCCAGAACCAAAGAUGUACAAGAAAGAUCUGUACAAUAUGGAGGAACCUGUGCAAAUGAACCAUGGCUUGAAGCAGUCACUGAGCUACACUCACCAGCCACCAUACCAGGACAAGCAGCCAUACCGAGAAUACGACCACCCGCCUUACGGUUACGAUGGAGGCGGCUACCCGGAACCAAAGUCUCACAACGCUGACUGUCACAUGCACUACGACAACCGUGUGCCUCAUUACAACGAGCAGUGGUCCCCCUACGACCAGCAGACCUCAUCCUGCCAGCCUGCAGGUUACCAGCCGGGCCACCAGCAACCCAUCGGCUACAACCCCCGGUCACCGUACGAGGAUGAGCCAGGGAGGGACUACAGCCCGCCUCAGCCACGAUAUGAAGACCCUCUUCCUGUGGGAUAUGAUGGCAGAUCACGCCACAGCAAACCUGGGCCAAUUCGUUAUGACGAACCGCCCCCACCGCCACGCCCUGCAGGCUUCAAUGCCCGCUCUUCUUAUGAGGCAGAUACUCACAGCUUUCCCAUUAACUCGCCUCGUUCUCCAGAACCGCCAAAGCAGUACUACGGCGACUCUGGUCUAAGGCCCUCCUACAUCCCUGGGCCACAACGGGGCUUCAAGGCAGGGAUGCAUGAGCCUGUGAUGAACUCUGAGCCACCAGUUCUCCCUCCUAAAACAGAGACCCUCACAUCCCCUGGUGAGCCAGCAGUCACUCCCGGAUCCAAACCCUUGCCACCCCACCAACGGGAAGACCUGGAUGAGGACCCGGCCAUGAAACCACAGUCGGUCCUCAACAGAGUAAAGAUGUUUGAAAAUAAACGUUCCGUUUCUAUGGACAGAGCGAAGGAAGGAGAAUCAUCAGUUCUCAGGCCAGCAGAUGUUCCCAAACCUUCAAGUGCACCUGGUCCAGUGCUCAAGGCAAAUUCGCUCAGCAACCUGGAGCAGGAAAGGUCCUCCUACAGGGCUCCUGAGCCACAGAGGCCUCACAUAAAACCGCUUGAUGAUGUAAUGCGUACCAAUCACUAUGACCCGGAUGAGGAUGAGGAGUACUACAGGAAGCAGUUGUCCUACUUUGACCGUCGGAGCUUUGACAGCAAAGCCAUGGGCCAACCCAGCCCUGGCAUCAAUCGCUUCCACGAUCUGCCCAAACCAGCUCAACUGUCAUACCCGUACAACAGGGUGGAGUCUGUCGAGAAAGUGAGUCCAGGGGAGAAACGAUAUGAUCCCCUACCUCAGAUUAGCCCCUCUUCUCAGUACGGGCCCCCCGGCUCUGCCAUCCCACCCAAUACACUGCCCAAACUCAGCCCGAGUGACGUGAACUCCAUAUCUGAGCCACUGAGCUCCCCCAAUCCCAAACCUGAUCUGUCGGCUCUCAGACCAGUUAGCAGGGAGGAACCAACACCGAUCGGCUAUCUGCCCCCAAGGGCCAUCCCCGACAAGUCCCCAAUCAAUGGUACGGAUGCAGCUCCCCCAAAGACCAUCGGCGCUCCCGCUCCCACCGGUUACAACCGCUACGUCCCCAAGCCGUACACCAGCUCAGCGCGACCGUUCGAGCGCAAGUUCGAGAGCCCCAAGUUCAACCACAACCUGCUGCCCAACGACACACAGGUGAAGACUGAGCUCCUCGGCAAGCUCGGAAUAGUGAGCAACAGCGGGGGAAAGCCGCAGCUCUCACCUCAGCCUCUGGACCAUGACAGUGGUCUGGACACUUUCACUCGCACCAUGGACAACAGGCCCAAAUACCAGCACAAUAACAUCAACGCCAUCCCCAAGGCCAUUCCUGUAAGCCCUGGCGCACUGGACGAUGACGACGAGGAUGAAGGGCACACUGUGGUGGCCACCGCCCGAGGCAUCUUCAACUGUAACGGAGGGGUCCUAAGCUCCAUCGAGACAGGCGUCAGCAUCAUCAUCCCCCAGGGAGCAAUUCCAGAGAACGUGGAGCAGGAGAUCUACUUCAAGGUGUGCCGCGACAACAGCAUCCUGCCCCCGCUCGACAAGGAGAAAGGAGAAACGCUGCUGAGUCCACUGGUGAUGUGCGGCCCUCACGGACUCAAGUUCCUGAAGCCGGUGGAGCUGCGCUUACCUCACUGUGCGUCUAUGACCCCUGAUGGUUGGUCUUUUGCUCUAAAAUCCUCCGACUCCUCGUCGGGUGACCCUAAAAGCUGGCAGAACAAAUCUCUCCCCGGAGACCCAAACUACCUGGUGGGCGCAAACUGUGUUUCUGUGCUCAUCGACCACUUUUGAAGAGGGCGACAGCUGGUCUGUUACAGAAUGUGAAUGAAAGGGGUGGGGGCGUCUGUUGCCUGCGCUGCGGCGAGGUGGGGGGCCACAUGGCAUUCACCUCAAGGGUGAAUCCAACACUCUCACAUUGUUUACUGGCCCCCCCUCAAAAAAAAAAAAAAACAAGGAGAGUCAGCAGAGUCCAGCUGUUCUUUUUUUGAGUCCUUUUUUCGGUGCUUUUGAGGCUUGCAAAAAAAGAAAAAGAAGAAGAACGACGGUACUGAAAUUAGAGUGCAUGACGGUGCCACAGACUGAGUAAUCUCAUCUUGACAUUUUUUAGCUACUUUUUUGUAAAAGGUCAGAGCAGUGAAAGUAAAAAGAAACAAGUAGAAUUUGGGAUCAUGUUAUUUAAUAUUGCUAAGGAUGUGUUGUUGCAAAGUGUAAAAAGAAAAUUUACAAAGGGCAAGGUUGGCAUCCGCAACCCAUUUUGUGUGUGAUUCGUGCAGCCAUGAAGGAUCUCUGAGCACUUGAUGUGGCUUGAUGUCACAGAAUACGUUGACGGAAUGAAGCUUCACAGUAUCAACGACGCCCUUUUGUUGCGAGCGGGUGAGAAGUGAUGUUUUGGGGGUUGUUUUUUUUUUUUUUUUUUUGUAGCAAAUCUUUUACCGGAGAUAAAUAUACUGACUUGAUUUGACAAACUCCUGCUGUCUAGAGAUCUAUGCAUGUGCUAUGACUCAGGUCCAGACACCUGCUACCACUUCUACACGAUAAUCCCAUCGAACACUGCGAGCAGUGAUGCCUUAUCUGCAUAUAAACAUAUAAAUAUAUAUCUAGCGAGAGGGAGUCCACAUUGAACCCACCCGGACGCUCCGGUCACAGCCGACACAAAAUUGUGGCUCUUUUUUUGUUUUUUUUUAUUCUUUUAAUUUGUUUAACCCCCCCCCCCCCCCUCCUAAACUUAACCUUGAUUCUAGCACACACGAAGAAUUGAUGCUGAUGAAAUGGAAGUUCUGCUUUGUUUUCCUGCUAUGCAUAUGAAGCGUUACGAGGCGCGGAAAAGGACGUUGUGGCUGUACAUACUGCUAGCAUAUGGCCUUGGUUCUCUGUAAAGGAACUUUUGUACGUCAUUGUUUUGUAUAAAAGAGACAAGUUUGUUUAUUAAAAAAAGAAAAGAAAAGAAAAAGAAAAAGAAGGUGAGGAAGUUACAUUGGUUUUGUUUGUAUUCUGAUUAAAACCCCUGAGCCUUGGAACUGACAUAUAAGCAGUAAUAAGUCUGACUUUUCUACAUACUGCAUAAACACACUACGUAAGGCAUUUUUAACAAUAUGAAAAGUUUUUAUUCUUAAUUACAAAAACAAAAUAAACUGGACUAGUGCUUGGUUUAAAUGGUUUUAAAAGAUGCGCUCAAAUGGGGUUAAGGGGUGGGGGGGGGAGGGGGGUCUGUUAUGACGACUGGUCCCUUCCUUUAUUUGUGAUACUGGAUGCUUUAUUGUGUGCCCUGAAAUGUAUUUUUGUACUAAUAGACGAUUUAUUAUGGCACAUCAGUACUAUUUUCUUUUGAUAUGAUAACACUUCAAUGCUUCAAUGCAACACUAGUUUUUUUUUUUCCUCCAUGUGUUGAGCAUUCUUUUUAUUUAUUUGGAUUUCUUGUUUAAAACUUUCCCCCCUCUGCAACACUUUUUUUUAAAGUAUACCACUGUAUUAAUAAAUAAAUUGAUUUUUUAAGUAAACUA